AUGCUAGACCUUGGCACAAAAUUCCCUGGUAACCAAGUCCAUUCAGGUGACAGUUAUAGUUAUAAUAUUAACAGCGUCCUAAAUUAUGGUGUUUUAUCAAGAAAAACAGCCGAGAACUAUGGCAACUACAAGGGUUGGAAUGAUAUGGGAAUGUUUGGAGCUGAAAGAAAGGACAAACAAGCUGAGGAAUCUGGGGUUUGUUCACCUCCAUUAUGGAGGACUAGUCCACCAAGAAGCCCCCAACAUCGCCGAAAUCAUUACCGGAGUCUUUCUCCAUCAUCAAGAGCUCAAGCUAUUGCUAGAGGCCAAAAGGAGCUCAUGGAUAUGGUGAGUAGAAUGCCUGAAGGAUGUUAUGAGCUAUCUUUAAGAGAUCUUGUGGACCAGCCAACGGUGGUCAAAGAUGUUAAAGAAGAAAGCUUUAGUGAAGAUAGGAGCAUAAGCAAUCAAGAAGAUGUGCAUAUAUUAAGAAGGGAAAAAGAGAAGAAGAAAAGGAUUGAAAAGAAAGUGCAAAUUAAUAGAAGUGGAAGCAUAAGAAAUGAAGGGUUUCUUCUGAAGAUGGUGUUUCCAAUUUCUUUUGGUUCAAGAAAGAAGAAAAAGAAUAAUAAUAAUCCUCCGAUCAUCAAUAACACUUUAAAAGAUGGAAGGGUUUCUCCAAGGCCUUUGCUAUCUGAUAAUGGUUCUGAAAAAAGUGUAGAUGAAGAGUGGUGGAAGAAUAAACUCCCGGAAUCUAGGGACAGUGAAAGCGGUACUGUAUUGAGUAGCAGUAAUAGCGGAAGCUCAAAAAGCAGUGGCAGCAGCAGCAGUAGAAGUAACAGCAGGAACAGCAGCAGGCACAGAAGAGGUGGUUGCUGGUCUUUCAUUUUCGCCAAGAAAGGGAAAGCAGCAGACUGA